AUGAAAUCAAAAUUUUUCUAUAUUUUAAUAAUUCUAUCAUUGCUCAUUGUUGGACUUGUCAAGAGUCAGAAUGAUAACUUGAAAUGUCCACGCAUGAAUGAUCCCACUCAAUAUGGUACCUGUGCCGAUACCUGUUCAGAAAUAGAAGAGUGUAGUAAUGGAGAAUUAUGUUGCAGUAAUGGAUAUGGUCAUUCAUGUAUGAAGGGAGUACUAUCUGAAUAA